AUGUCUAUUCAGGUUGCCGCCAAGGCCGCAAAUGUGGGCUACGCCGCCGUUCUGCUCGGUGCCCAGAAGAACAUCAAGAUCGAGAUCAUUGACGACAAGGUCGUUUCCAAGGAGACCCCCGCCGAUGUCGUUUACGACGGAGUUUCCGGCACCAAAGCUGUGGUUGAGAAGCUCGCUGUUACCGUUUCUACUGAGGACCAGGAGUGGAUCGACUUUGCCUUCACCAACCUCCUGUCCAAGGACUUUAAGGCCGUCACCCCUUCUCUUGAGAAGCUCGAGGCUCAUCUUAACUUCCGAUCUUUCAUCAACGGCUACACUCCUUCUCUGUCCGAUCUGGUUGUCUGGGGUGUUCUUCGAUCCAACCUGGUUGUCGGUACCUCUCUGAAGUCCGGUGUUUUCAUCAAUCUGGGCCGAUGGUACAAUUACCUCCUCGCCUUUGAGUACGGUCCCGUUGUUGAGACCUUCACCAAGGAUCUGAACGAGGUCCGAAAGAGCGCCAAGUCUGGCCAGAAGAAGGUGGCCUCCAAGGCUUCUUUCGAGAUUGGUCUUGUCAACGCCAAGGAGGGCGAGGUUGUCACCCGAUUCCCUCCCGAGCCUUCUGGAUACCUCCAUAUCGGACACGCCAAGGCUGCUGUCCUUAACGAGUACUUUGCUCGACAGUACAAGGGUAAGCUGAUCAUCCGAUUCGACGACACCAACCCCUCCAAGGAGAAGGAAGAGUUCCAGGACUCCAUUCUCGAGGAUCUGGAGCUGCUCGGAAUCAAGGGAGAUGUCAUCUCCUACUCUUCCGACUACUUCCAGGAGAUGUACGAUCUCUGUAUCAAGAUGAUUAAGGAGGGCAAGGCUUACGCCGACGACACCACCCAGGAGGUGAUGCGAGAGCAGCGAAUGGACGGUAUUGCCUCUGCUAGACGAGACCGACCCGUCGAGGAGUCUCUCGAUGUCUUUGAGAACCAGAUGGCCAAGGGUACUGAGGAGGGUCUUAAGAACUGUAUCCGAGCCAAGAUCUCCGUCGACGCCGGAAACAAGACUCUUCGAGAUCCCGUCAUCUACCGAUGCAACCUCACCCCUCACCACCGAACUGGUGACAAGUGGAAGGUUUAUCCCACUUACGAUUUCUGCUGCCCCAUUGUCGACUCCAUCGAGGGUGUGACCCACGCUCUGCGAACCAUCGAGUACCGAGACCGAAACGCGCAGUACGACUGGAUGCUCAAGGCUCUUGGCCUGCGAAAGGUGCACAUUUGGGAUUUCGCCCGUGUCAACUUUGUCCGAACUCUGCUAUCCAAGCGAAAGCUGCAGUGGUUUGUUGAUCAGGACAAGGUCGAGUCGUGGAGCGAUCCUCGAUUUCCCACCGUCCGAGGUGUGCGACGACGAGGUAUGACUGUGGAGGGUCUGCGAAACUUCAUCAUUUCCCAGGGUCCUUCCAAGAACAUCAUCAACCUCGACUGGUCUCUUAUCUGGGCUAUCAACAAGAAGGUCAUUGACCCCGUUGCUCCUCGACACUCCGCUGUUGUCAAGAAGGACGUUGUUGAGAUUUCUUUUGCCGACGCUGCCCCCGAGACUGUUGAGGAUCGACCCAAGCACAAGAAGAACCCCGAUCUUGGCACCAAGAAGACCGUCUUCGGAGGUAAGAAGGUUCUCAUUGACCAGGACGAUGCUCAGACCCUCAAGGAUGGCGAGGAGCUCACUCUCAUGGACUGGGGUAACAUCAUUGUCGAGAAAAUCCACAAGAAUGGCGAUCUCGUCACCGGCAUUGACGCCAAGCUCCACCUCGAGGGUGACUUCAAGAAGACCGAGCACAAGGUCUCUUGGUUGGCUGAGUCUGAUGCUACUCCUUGUGAGCUGGUUGACUUUGACCAUCUCAUCACCAAGGACAAGAUUGAGGAGGGCGAGAACUUUGAGGACUGGCUCACUCCCGAGACCGUUUUCAAGACCGAGGCUCUUGCUGACUCCAACAUCAAGAACAUGAAGGUUGGAGACAUCAUCCAGUUCGAGCGAAAGGGUUACUACAGACUCGACCAGCCCUGGUCUGAGGACAAGCCCGCUGUUUUCUUCACCAUUCCCGACGGAAAGGUUGUCCAGAAGUACGGCGCUAAGAAGUAA